GUUUGGUUCCCACCCGUGACUUUCUUCCCUUUUCCUCCCUGGAGAUCCCUGCUUUGCUUUCCCUCUGACUACUACUUCUAAUAUCCGAUUACUUGACCAUACAGACUACGGAUCCUCGCUUACUCCCGCCAGUCCGCCAAGUAACAACCGCAUUGUUCUCCGCCAUUGGAUCCGCGCGCCACCAUCCCCAGCUAUUUUUAUCACACCCAGACGGUGCGACAACCCCAACCCUCCGCCAACCUUUCCCCCCUGGUUGUUGACUACUCGUCGCAUUUUACUCCUCAGUAACGUUCGGAUUGCGCAAUCCUCAGUCGAACUUCCAUUCUCCUCGAUUUAAUUGAGAAUCUAUCAACUGUUCUAGAACGUGCGGUUGCCUGAUUGCGAGUAGGAGACCAGGUAGAUCAAGCUCAUUUCAUGGAAAGUUGAGGCUUUGGAGGAGCGUCCAGUGCAUGCAAUCAUUUAGCGUCCAGAUCCAGGAUGCCACAAGCUGCAAGAUGGGUGGGUUCUCCCUCCAUCAAAGGACGAACAGAGGCAAUGCGGAUGGCACUGUUGACUUUCAGCCUGUUGGGGUUACAAUUUACUUGGGGCAUUGAAAUGACCUACUGCACUCCAUAUCUUCUCCAACUUGGUCUUACCAAAUCCCGAACAUCGCUUGUCUGGAUCGCUGGUCCUCUGUCGGGAUUGAUUAUCCAACCGCUCAUCGGUGUUAUCGCCGACCGGUCGCGGUCAAAAUGGGGAAGACGAAGGCCAUUCAUGAUCGUGGGCUCGUUGAUUGUUGCCAUGUGCUUGCUAGUGCUGGGGUGGACAACAGAGAUUGUUGGCCUUUUUGUCAAGGAUGCAGAGAAGGCCAACAAAGUGAUCAUUGCACUAGCAGUCCUUAGCAUCUAUGCUGUGGACUUUGCCAUCAAUAUCGUCCAAGCGUGUUGCCGGAGCUUGAUAGUUGAUACCUUGCCUAUUCCAUCACAACAGGCUGGGUCAGCAUGGGCGACUAGGAUGUCGGCCAUUGGCCAGCUCAUUAGUUAUGUCAUUGGCUCGAUUGACACAGUUAGCCUAUUUGGAACUACAAUUGGUGAUACUCAAUUUAAGCAAAUGACAGUCAUCGCUGCGCUAUCCUUGAUUAUCGCCGUUUUGGUUACUUGCUAUUCUGUGAAGGAGCGAGUAUUAAUCACUGCCAGGGAUUCGGAAGGGAAAGCCGGAGCUUUCCAGGUCAUGUCCCAACUUUUCAAAACUACGAUGGACUUGCCUCCACGCAUCCAAGCCGUCUGCUGGGCUCAAUUUUGGGCAUGGAUUGGCUGGUUUCCAUUCCUUUUCUAUAGUACUACCUGGGUUGGAGAGACAUAUUUUCGGUAUGAAGUUUCGAAGGAUGCGACGCAACCGAGCGACAUGCUUGGCGAAGUUGGUCGAGUUGGCAGUUUGUCGCUUGUCGUCUUUUCUUCCAUAACAUUUAUCAGUUCUGUUCUGUUGCCAUUCUGCGUACAACCGCCGGAUGACAGGAGGCCCAGAUUCACCCCAAGACCGCCUCCCGGAAUCGCUGCGUUACUCAAAAAAGUAACUGUAGUACGUCCAGAUCUGCAGACAACAUGGUUGAUCUCGCAUGUGAUGUUUGCAGCCACUAUGAUAUUCGCACCAUUAGCCCGAUCCCGGGCCUUCGCAACCUUUUUAGUAGCUAUAUGUGGAAUCCCGUGGGCCGUCAGCAGCUGGGCCCCGUUCGCAUUCAUGGGCGUGGAGAUAAACAAGCUAGCACUAGGCCCAACUCAAGCGUCGCGCCUCGCCGGAGUCACUAUGAUCACGUCCUCCAGUAUUCGUUCUGGAGCUUACCGAGAUAUGAACGGGGACACGGAGAUGGAUGUGUUGCGUAUCAACCAGAACGACUCAGACAGCGAUAGUGACGCCGAGGGCGGCGCCUCCAAUUUGUCGUCCACAGGUGAGCUGGCUGGCAUCUACCUCGGCGUGCUGAACGUGUACACGACUCUACCACAAUUCGUCGGCACAUUCAUUAGCUGGAUAGUGUUCAACGUUAUCGAACCAGGCAGCACAAAGCGAGACGCUUCAGAGACGCAAUGGAUGAAUCUCGAUAAGGGCUCGCCAAAUGCCAUCUCGAUCUGUCUGUUUAUUGGCGCGCUUAGUGCGCUUGUGGCUAUCGAAGCGACUCGACGAUUACGUUAUGUUUAAUAGUAGCCGUGCCGGUUUAUCUUUAACGGUACAUCUUCU